AAGCAGCUUUUGGCACAGACCAAGUACGACUUGUGAAACAAAUCUAAAGCCAGCAAAAAUGGUCGAGUGGACAGAUUUCGAGCGCGCUGCCAUCCAGGACAUCUUUGCCAAGUUGGACUAUGAGGUCGUUGGACCUGCAGCUCUUGCCAGGUGCCUGGUCGUCUACCCUUGGUGCCAGAGGUAUUUCGGCAAUUUCGGAAACCUCUACAACGCCGAAGCCAUCAUGGCAAACCCGAUGAUUGCCAAGCAUGGAACCACCAUCCUGCACGGUCUGGACCGGGCUGUGAAGAACAUGGACAACAUCAAGGCCGCAUAUGCCGAGCUGAGCGUGCUGCACUCCGAGAAACUGCACGUGGACCCUGACAACUUCAGGCUGCUGGCUGACUGCCUGACCGUGGUGGUUGCUGCCCAGAUGGGCAAAGACUUCACUGCCGAUGUCCAGGAAGCUUUCCAGAAGUUCUUGGCAGUGGUGGUGAGCUCCCUGGGAAGACAGUACCACUAAAGAGCUACAAUAGAGGACCAUCGCAUGCUGGGAAUUUGUUUAAAAGCUUUGUGUUUUUAUCAUGUCUCAAAAGCAUAAAUAAAACAAUAAGCAUCUUCAACAA